AUGCGCAUUUUCACCAACCUUGCCGUUUUUGCAUCUGCUGCUGUGGUGUUUCAAGCGUUUUUCACGCCAUCAUCUCAGUUCGUACAGUACAAGCGGAACCGGAUUGAAAGUACCUUUUUACAAUCGUGGCGCGAUUACGUCUCAAAUGGCUGGGACGCAGACGUGUACCGACCGCUGUCAAAAAAGGGUUCCUAUAUGUAUGGAUCGACUGAAAAGCCACUGGGAUGGAUCAUCGUCGACUCCAUUGAUAGCAUGUUUCUGAUGUACAAUUCUAGCGCUCAUCAUCGAGAGGAGUUCAAGGCCGAAAUUCUUCGAGUCGAACAUUGGAUUAAAACCAAACUUGAUUACGAUAUAGACGUAUCAGUGUCGCUUUUCGAGACCACUAUUCGUAUGCUGGGUGGCUUGCUAUCUGCAUACUAUCUAUCAGAUUUACUUGGAGUAGGAAACUCUACCCUGUAUCUGGAAAAAGCCACGGAUUUGGCUGACAGAAUGUUGCCAGCUUUCCACCACGAAAAUGCCAAAAUACCGUAUUCCAGCGUAAAUUUGCACACCGGAGAAUCCAGGAAAAAUCAUGUCGAUAUGGGGUCAUCUUCGACCGCAGAGUUCACUACGUUGCAACUGGAAUUCAAGUACCUUAGCGCCAUCACAGGAGAUGUCAAGUAUUGGAAAGAGGUAGAGAAGGUUUACAAGCCUUUAUAUGAGGAAAAUAAUCUCAUUGAUCGCUACGAUGGUCUUGUACCCAUUUACACCAAUCCUGAUACCGCACGGUUUUGGGGGAACAAUAUCAGACUUGGAUCUCGUGGAGAUUCCUUCUACGAAUACCUUCUGAAGCAGUAUUUACAGUCGGAUGAGCAUUUGUAUUACGAAUUGUACCGCGAGUCGAUAGAGGGUGUCAAGCGUCACUUGAUCUCGAGAUCCAAGCCCAAUGGACUAGUUUACAUUGGUGAAAAAGAGAACGGGUUGAACGGUGGUCUUUCCUCUAAGAUGGAUCAUUUGGUGUGUUUCAUGGGUGGAUUAAUCGCAAUGGGUGCCACUGAAGGAUGGCCCAUUACAGAAGCGAGGAAACAAAAUUUUUGGGACGCCGAACGCGAGGAGGACUGGAACUUAGCACAAGAUCUAACUUACACGUGUUACCAGAUGUAUCAUCAAAUACCGUCUGGUCUUUCUCCGGAAAUUGUGGUGUUCAACGAUGGGUUGAAUGGUGAAACGGGCUCCUGGUGGCAGUCUCGGGAAGGAGAUUUUUUUGUAAAGCCAGCAGACGCUCAUAAUCUGCAAAGGCCCGAGACCGUGGAAUCGUUGAUGUUCUUAUACCAUCUAACCAAGGAUUCCAAGUACCGUGACUGGGGUUGGGAGAUUUUUCAGUCGUUUAAGAUACACUCAGGCGUCCAAUGUAAGUAUACCGAUUCUGAGUGUGCUUACACAUGUUUGAAGAACGUCUUGGCAAACCCACCAACGAGAUCCGAUAAUGUGGAAAGUUUCUGGUACGCUGAAACCUUGAAGUAUUUGCAUCUUCUUUUCCAAGACAACGUUGACCUGAGAAGCAUGGUUUUCAACACCGAAGCGCAUCCAUUCCCCGUUAUCACACCGGAACAAACGCAAAAUGGUGCCUUGUUGAAUACCGGGUGGGAGCUGGCUUAA